AUUAAGGAAAUGGCCUUAGUGCUCUCGAAUGUUAACCGAUGUUUACUUUUGUUCAAGAAACCCCAACGAGAAAAUUAAAACAACCAACCCCCCCCCCCAAGUUAGUUAAUUUUCUUGACACUGUUACUGCGAGCACUGAGUGAAGGACUCGAGACAGACCGCUGCACAGGCCCACGCGCGUUACCCUCGCCACGAAGCGAGCGAGCCGCGAGUGAACGCGGACGACCCGCCCACGUUGAAAGCUCCAGACUUCACACGGGGCUGCGUGAUGUCAGUAGGUAGACAGGUCCGGGACGAGGGGCGGAACUAACGAAGCCCCAUCGGAGCGAAACUCCGCGGCGUGCCCCGAACAAGAUGAGCCAUGGAUGAGGAGGUUGCCGAAAGUUGGGAGGAAGCUGCUGACAGCGGGGAAAUGGAAAGAAGAUUAGAAGAAAAGCUAAGGAUUAGCCAGAAAGAAAAAGUGACCAGUAGCAAUUCUCCCCAGUCGCCACUGAAGACAGCCAUAAUGAUCCAGGACGAACCUCUGCCAGCGGCACCACCGCCCCAGAUCCGUAUCCUAAAACGCCCCACCAGCAACGGGUCACUGGGGUCACCCUUGAAUCAAAAUAGGCCUACCCCACAGGUCAAGUCUCUGGCUCAGCGGGAGGCAGAGUACGCUGAGGCCAGGAAGAGAAUUCUGGGCAGUGCCAGCCCAGAAGAAUCGCCUCAGGACAAGCCCACUACAGACAGCAGACCUGGACGCAAUAACUCUACCUUGCCUUUUGAGGAGACCCGAUCAAACAAUCACACUGUCCGCCAGCCAGCAGGCCCAGACGGCAGCCAAGGCUUCCGCCAGCACAGAUAAGAAGGCAGGUACCUAGCCAUUGCGGGGAGAGAGACCAGCAGCGGAAUCAUGCAGUAAAUGGCCUGUCUCCCAGAAAAAAGAAGCACUGCUUUUUCAAAACUUGCUUUCCCUUCAGUUCCACGAUAUCGAAUAGGCCAUACAUACGCAGGUCCCUACCUCUUCCCACGACCAGUGUGUGUGGAAUUGGAUGAGUCAAUAAUUGCUGAAGGAAGUCAAAAGUAAAAUGGGCUCCUCUCUCUCUCUCCCCACUCCAAUCUGUUUGACACUGUGAUUAAGGACAUUUUCGGGACUCACUGUGAUGAUCCCUUUAAGAGACACCUCCCUCCCACACACACACCCAUCUACAUCUAUGAAGCCCAGAGAGUCCUCUCCCUCUCCUCAGUCCCUCGUGGGUCUGGAGACAGGUCUGUCACAGGAAACCUGUGUGGCCAAAGGCCCCUCUGGAUAACAGCCAUGGACAUCUCUAUAUAUAAAAAAAGACUUAAAGGAAGAAUGGCUGAAGAGAAGAGGGGAUUUGUAAUCGGGGGGCCUUCAAAUAUGAAAUGGGCCGAUACAUGUGUACCAGCUCCAACUGUACCCCAGCAAUAAUGCCAGAGAUCACCAUCCUGCCCUAACCCAGCCUUUCCCUAUCAUUAUGUUUUGAUGUCAGAUGUUGUCUCGCUGUGUUUUUACCUUUUUCUUUUCCCUUGCUUCUCAAUAAUCUGAACAUUGCCAUUUGUUUUAAGGUUGAAGGUGAGGGUGAUGUGUGUGUGAAUGUUUGAGUAUAUGACAAGUUUUGUUUACGUUUUCUUUUUUUGCUUAGCUUUUCUGGUGUCUUCCCCACGAGUAACAUAAUUUCUAUUUAAAAGUAAAUGGAAAAAAAAUAACAUCGAUACAAAAAAGGAGAAUGUGGAUUUCAGCCCGUUUUUAAUCAGCUUUUCACUAUUUUAGUACAAGACGGCAAUGUCAGAGCGGUGUUUUAAUCUAAGUGAACUAAUAGCCCAUUUUAAAUUGACCUGUAUAUAAUUGGUUAAUUCAGAUUCCAUUCUGUCAGGGUGGUAUAGACACAAACUCCAAGGGGGGUGGAGUCAUAUGGGGAUUGAAUUUUCUGCUGUGCCUCGUCAACCCCUCCAUCAUAUCUACUGUUUAGAUGCGUGCUCUGGUCUUAAUGUGUCCUUCACUUAUGUACGUAGGAACUCAGGUGCAAGUGAGAGACUGAAUGAAAAGAACUAAGAUUGUAUUUUUCUGAUGGGUAGGAUUGCCCAAACAAUAAAUGUCCAUAUUAUAAACUUCAGUUGGCACCUGCUUAAAAAAGUGUUUUUCAAAGUAAAUCUGGGUUAAUGUCAUUGAAAAUGUGUUGUGUCUCAUGCUGAAUUUGUUUUUUUGUAAUGAGAGUAAUCUAUGAACGGCAGUCCAUCUGUUGGUUUUAAUGUUAUUUUCGCUCACUUCUGUGACCAUGAAAUCUUGAUGAAGAAUAAGGCAGCAUCACAAUGUGUGAUCAGUGUCUGGAUGUAUUGUGUAUCACGCUGGCAUGUUACUUGAUGCACCAGUUCUAAAAUGGAAUUUGUAAGACGCCGCUGUGUAAGCAAUAGAAAUCUGGGGCGUCAAGUACUGUUGUGCCCAUGCUUGUUUAGUUUCUCAUCACCAUUUGAUGUCACGACAAGGAUCUCAAUGUAGCCAUAUUCAGCGGUGCAGAUCUUGGCAAGGUAUUUUUCCCCCAACAGAAAACUUAUCUUGUUACGGUUGAAUUCGGCAUGUGCCUCCUGUAUCACAACUUCGUUUGCUUACUGCACAGUGCUUGUGUAAGUGAAUGAGAAUGAUAAACGUCAACUGGGAAAUUGUGACUUCUGAGAGAUUCUUUUGGAAAUCUUAACCGAAAGUGCAAGAAGACAAACAGGGUUAGUUGAGCUCGGGGGUGAGAAUAGAAACUGCCUGUAAAUAAUGAUUUAAUAAAAAUGAUUUGCC